CGCCUUGGAUUGUGCUUCUGUUCUUCUCCUGGUCCGAUAGGUGGUUAUUUGUUGGGAGUUUAGCUGGGAAACUCUGUGACAAGUUGAGGAGCAAAGGUGAUUCCUUCACAUCUUUCAUUUUAUCGUUCUUUCUUAUAUUCAAAAGUACGGAGCGAGGACGACUUCAUCCUCUGCCUCCUCUUUCUCUUUUCCUUUUCCUUGUCACGUGCCGAAAGGGAGGAAGAAGCUUAAAUUGAACCCAACGGAAGGAAGGACGGAGAGCUGAUUCGUGUCUUUUUCUUUAGUUGCUCCUCUCGUACCAAGGAAGGAAUAUGUUCCCUUUGCCCUCCUCCGCCCGGUAUUUUUGUUUACAGGGGCACCACCGACACAAGAGACCAGUGGCGGUGGCUUGCACAUUUCUGCAUGUCCGCCUCGAAGCCCCGACUCAACGUCCUCCUCAAACAAAUCGCCACAGAAGCUGCGUCCUCGGACAUGGCAAAUUUCCUCCGACUUCUUUGUCGCAUGAUCUCUUUGUUGUUGAUGUUGACGUGGCCGUGGUGGUGGUUCCGCCUCAUCCUUCUCCCAGUAACAGCAGCAACGUCCUCCGAAGGCAACAAUGUCAAUAGCAACGCUGCCCCCCACAGCACGUAUUGUCGCUCCUACUGCGGCAACAUCACCGUGGACUACCCCUUCGCCCUCCGGACCGGUUGCGGCCAUUCCGGUUUCCGAGACCUCCUCUAUUGUAUCAACGGCGUCCUCAUGCUCCACAUCCCCUCCGGCUCCUACCGUGUGCUCGACAUCGACUACGCCUACCGCGGCGUCACCCUACACGACCCUGGCAUGUCCGACUGCUACUCCCUAUUGCGUUCCCCCGGUGGCCUAGGCAAUGGCUUCGUGGUGGAGCCCUGGAGGGCGCCCUACCUAGAGCCCGACCCUGACAACGUCUUCAUGCUUCUGGGCUGCCGCGCCGAUUCGCCACUCUUCCAGGGCUUCCCCUCGCCAGAGGGGAAGCACCUGCCCUGCCGCAACGUCUCCGGCAUGGGCUGCGAGGAGUACUACCGGUGCCCCGCCUGGGAUGAGGGGCCCAGCAGCAGGAGGCCAAGGGGUUCCGCCUCCGCUUCCGCCUAUGGGGUCGUGAGCCCGCCGGAGUGCUGCGCCUUGGAGUUCGGGGCCAUCCGGGCCAUCAAUGUGAGCCACUUGAGGUGCGAGGGGUACAGCAGCGCCUACAGCUUGGCACCGCUGCGGGCGGCGGGACCGGGGGCCUGGGCUUAUGGGAUUCGUGUGGCCUACUCGCUGCCGGCUGACCACCAGGGGUUCUGUGGAGCGUGCCAGGCCACAGGUGGCGUAUGCGGCUACGACCAAGGGACGGAUGCUGAUAUCUGCCUAUGUCACCACUAUAACUCUACAUCCAACUGUGACUCUGCCUAUGCGGCUGCCACUGCUGAAAGCUCAUCCGAACCGAGCAUCAUGCCCAAGCCUUCAUUGGCGACUCUAAUAGGAGGUUUCCUACUCUUCCGGAAUAUAUUGUCAUCCACUUAAUAGAAAAAGAAUGAUCCGCGUGACAAAUGGUUGGUUCAGGAUUUAAUUUUCUCAAGAUAUGGUUUCCCCAGUUCUUUCAUCAAGCGUCUUAAUGUCCCGAGGAUUUGGAACACGUUUCAACAAUGGAAUACGUCCACUUCACUUAAUCCGAAAAGGAUUUUUUUUUCUUUUUUUUGAGGAGUGUUACUGGCUUUCGUGUGUCAUGUUACUCUCGGAUCGUGUGGUUUAUUUUUUAGAAGGUAUUUGCCUUUUAGAGCAUUGGUAUUUAUUUUUUAGAAGGUAUUUGCAUUGUCCAUAGUUGUAAAAUUCGAGUUAGUAAAGUUCGAGUUAUGUUGUAA